UCAGUAGUACCACUGCAAACUCACAUCAACCCCCUUUCAUUCUCUGGUCCCAAAUUAUUAUCAUCACUGAAAAAAUGGCUGCUAAAAGAUUUUUUGAUGAUUCUGAACAAGACUCUGAUAAUAAGCCAAGCGACAAACGGAUCAGACCUACUACGCCUUCUCUUGCUUCGGUGAUUCAAGAAGUGGUUACUAUGAAAAACACGCAGAACCAGCUCUUACCAUUCUUGGAACCUUUGCUCAAAAGAGUGGUGGGUGAAGAAGUUGAAAAAGUCAUGAAGCGAUGCUUCCCACCACCAUUCAUAGCCAGGUCUCCAUCACUAAGAAUCCAACAAGCACCAUCGGAGCAACCAUCAACUUUGCAACUCUCCUUCAACAAACGCCUUUCCCUCCCAAUCUUCACCGGUAGCAGAAUACUCGACAUUGAGGGGAACCCCAUCACCAUAGUUUUGGUCGACAAAACCAACAUCAACAACAAUGGCCAAGGUGUUCCCACUAGCCUCCCCUACCCCAUAAAGCUAGAGCUCGUGGUUCUCAACGGAGAUUUUACUCCGGGCGAUAACGAGGACUGGACGAGCGAGCAAUUCAGGAGGCAUGUAGUCAAGGAGAGAGCUGGGAAGCGACCGUUGCUUGCAGGGGAAAUGAACCUGAUCAUGAGGGAUGGGAUUGCACCAACUGGGGACAUUGAGUUCACUGAUAACAGUAGCUGGAUCAGGAGCAGGAAGUUCAGGAUUGCAGUGAGGGUGAGUAGUAACUAUCAAGGUGUUAGGAUUCGAGAAGGCAUCACUGAGGCUUUUGUUGUUAAGGAUCACCGUGGAGAAUUGUACAAGAAACACCACCCACCAAUGCUUCAUGAUGAUGUGUGGCGCCUAGAGAAAAUUGGAAAAGAUGGAGCUUUCCACAAAAAGUUGACCUCAGAGGGGAUUAAAACAGUCCAAGAUUUUCUCAAAUUAGCAGUUACUGAUUCUCCUAGACUAAGAAGGAUUUUAGGCCUUGGGAUGUCAGAAAAAAUGUGGGAAGUCACAAUCAAGCAUGCACUGACUUGUGACAUGGGGAGCAAGAUCUACAUAUACCGUGGACCUCAGUUUACUAUUUUUCUGAAUCCAAUUUGCAAAUUAAUUAGAGCUGAUAUCAAUGGACAGAUAUUUUCAAGCAGAGAAUUGAACAAUAUGAACAAGAGCUAUAUAGACAAAUUGGUGAGAGAAGCAUAUGGCAGGUGGCAUAACUUGGAGGAAAUUGAUGGAGUUUUGAAUGAAAACAUUGCUUUGUUAACCCAAGGUGAUCAAACUGUGGAGCAAUUUCCAAGCAAUGAUCCUGCAUCAGUGCUAACAUAUAAUCAGAACUAUUACUAUGGUGACAAAUCUACAGAGGUAGCUAGCUAUGUACCAAACAAUAAUGCACAAAUGGGAUGCAGUGAGUGGUCACUGAAUCCAGCCUACACCAACACCACAACAUUGUUUGCAAAUGGCUUCCCUUAUGGCUUCUCAGCGUCACAAUCAGAUGGUGACAUAACACCUUCAGGUUCGGGCUCUGCGGACGUUGAUGGGGCUACAAGGCAACAUUAAGUGUAUGUUUGGAAAUCCUUCUAAAAUUAAUUUAGAAGAUAAACUCAACUAUGGGAAGAAGCUUCUAUACGUAGCUUAUGGAUUUCAAAAUCGAUUUUGCUAAAAGUGAAGUCAAAAUAUGCUAUAUAUAAAAUGUAUAGUAGACACUUUACUCACAAAUAUGUGUAUGAUCCUUCUGUAAUUCAUGCAAAUCUUACACAUACUUGUAAGUGGUGUGCCCCUAAAUAUUGUGUCCAAGAAGAAAAGAAAAAUGCAAGAAGUCAUUUAGUGUGAAGUCUUUGACUAUGUGCUGUAUAUACACGCAAGUGCAAUUGCAGGGGAGGAAUCAAAUUAGGCUUAGUGUGAAGUUAACUGGCUAGCUUCCUAGCUCUAUCUUUGUAUAGGAAUCAACCUGCCACUAUACAGGACAGUGUUGCUGUGUUAGCUUACAAAGAUCAUGGAACAGUAUGAUGUUUCAUUGUUUUGUAACAUUUACCAACAAAUUGACACCUAUUCUAGUGAGAA